UCUACCGAAAGCCAGUACAGUAAAUGCGAUCCACUUCCUCAGCACCUAUUCCAGGGUUACUGGCAGACGCAGAGUAAUAGUUCAUGUGUUGGUUAAUCAUCUAACCCGGUCAUUUACAGAAGAGCAGGGAAACACCCAGAAUCUUCCAGCUCUUGGAGACUCUGAUUGCUCACUGCUCUCAGAUCGUGUUCCAGACACUUUCCAGCCCUGCCCCAGCCUCCCUCGUCAGUCUAUAUAUUACACAGAGGGGAGCGGUGUCAAGAAUGGCUCAGUUCACCGUCCCGAGCUUUGCGAUGAAGGUUUCUCCCAACGCCAAGGCCGACAGCGACUCUCUGCCGCCGGGUUGGGAGGUUAAGAUUGACCCACAGACCGGCUGGCCUUUCUUCGUCGACCACAACAACAGGACGACAACGUGGAGCGACCCGAGGCUGGAGCCACAGAAGGAAAGACAAAGUUUUUCCAAUGGCCCUCAUCCAUCAGGCUAUCUGCAACCAUCGCAGGAUCCCUCCAAAUCGUGGCACGGCAAGGAAUAUGGGUCUUCUGGGCCUCAGCUUCGUCCGGGUUACAUUCCCAUCCCAGUGGUCCACGAGGGAGUACCCGAACAUUAUUUACAGAAAGUACACUACUCACCUCAGCAGCCUGACCUGCAGAGGCUUAAAAGUGAAGUGCGGCCACACUCCCCGUUGCGAGCACAGUCUCCAUCCAGGUUGCCAGCGAGAGCUGACUCACCAGUUGGGUCUCCAUUAGAAGCCACACAAGCAGAUAAACAAAGUGGACGAGCAUCAGCAGCUGCCGCUAAUCAGCCUCAAGGGUCAGAGAAUUCAUUGUUCCAAACUAGCCCCCAAACAUUUUCAUCGCAGCCACAUAGUCGAUCAAAAUUGGGAAAUUCCCAAAGGCCUUCGGGUUAUAUUUCUAUACCCGUGAUUCAUGAAGGGAUUGGAGGAAAGCCAACUCAACAAGUGUAUCCCCCUGCUCAUCAUGCACAGUAUGCAAGCCAGCAAAGCCAGCACCCAGUGCAACAAGCUCAGUACCCAACACAGCAAACCCAACAAGCCCAGUACCCAACACAGCAAACCCGUCACCCCGUACACCAGGCAGACUUCCCCCCUGUACAGCAAGUGCAUCACCCUGUGCACCAAGCGCAGUACCCAAGCCAGCAGGUCUAUCAUCCCGCCCAGCAAGUACAAUAUCCUUCCCAGCCAACAGAGUACACAGUCCAGCAGCAGCACCCGGCUGCCUACAGAGUUUCUCCUGAUGACUGGGGAACAACCAGAGCUGGUGCACAUUCACCACUAAGAAAGACUCAAAAGGAAGCAUCAAGCCGUGAGAGCUCCCCAGCUCGGAUGCCGACCCAGGUCCGAUCACAGUCACCCAUCUACACCAGCACAGGGGUGGACAGACCACAGGUUGCCCAGCAACGGGUAGAGCAUCAAGAGACACCCAAAAUGCAACAGGAGAGCAAGGCUACUUCCUCAGGCCCCGAGCGUCCGGCAGCAUAUAUCCCAAUUCAUGUCACCAGGCAGCAACCCCAUAAAGCUCAGCCUAAGCCUGAGAAAGCUGAGAGGAGUACUCCUUCACCCGCAUCAGGCAGUGCCCAGCUGGAAGAGAGUGUGCCUGAGAAAAAGCCUGUUGCUCCCGAUGCUGCUCAGAAACAUCCUGGCCUGAUAAAGGUAGAGAAAAUCAUUAAGAGAGUUCAUAGGCUUGAGGAAGACGUCAGUUUAUUCGAAGGAAGAGGAACAGAUAAACACUACUUGUUGAUUGAAGAAAUGCUGACCAAGGAGCUUCUGACCCUUGACUCGGUGGAUCCUGAGGGCCGGAUUGACGUGCGUCAAGCCAGAAGAGAUGGCGUGAAGAAGGUUCAAAACCUUCUAGAAAGGUUGGAGCAAAAAGCCAGUAUGGGCCCAGAAGACAAAAGCUUUUCUGAGCCUCAGCCAGCAAACACUGAAGGAACAACUCAGAUAGAUUCUAUAGCAGAAAAUAAAAGCCACACUACAACCUCCACACAAGAAGCAGAAAUGGAAACUGACCAAAGUAAAAUCAGCCCAAGGAAACCAAGCGAUGCUUGCAACAUUAAAGAUAUUUCAGAUAAAAAUGAACAUUAAUCCUUCAAGGUCAAAAGUGGACAGUGUUGUGAUGCUUUAAGAAUGCAUGCCACCAGGAAACCUUCUCAUAGUUUGCUGCCCCAGUGUUAUUUUCUGCCAUCAAUAUGGGGAGGGAAAAUAUGAUAACAGAACUUUAUCUGUUGAGCCUUGGAGGGCAUCACUUACUUGGAACUAACGUUAAAAAAAAUCAUCCAUGGUUUGUUAACGAACUGUUAAUCACAUGUUAAGCACGCCUCUGAUUUGCAAUGUUUCCUAUGUACUAUCUCCUUUAAGAUUAACAUAGCCAAAAUAACAUAUGUAUGCCACAUGGUGAGUGAGAAAUCUUUAUGAAUUACAGAGUACAACUAAGUUAUACACAUUAUAUUUUGCCUGUGAAGUAAAGUGUCAGUUUGUCACUGUUGGACACUUUAUGAAAAAAUGUUUUAAGAGAUUGAUGAGAAUUUGAGUAGAGCCAUAUAGAUAAAAGUUUCUAUAUUGUGUAAAGGAAGCAAUAAAUUUGCAUUGCAUUUGCAUCGUGCAAUAAUUCUGUUUUAUAAAUAAUCAGAAAUCAAUACCAGCUAAUAUAUUUUGCUUCCAGAGAGUAAUUUGCUUUCCAAAUAUAGUGGGUUUUAAUGUACAAGAAAUAUAGUACUCAUUUUUUUGAAGACUAUUUAACUAUGCUGCAUUUCAAUCUUUCCUGUGAACAGGUGCUUGAACAAGCUCAUUUGAUAAUCUAUUUUGUUUUGAAAUGCCAUUGUGUGUCUGACAUUUGUGGAACUGGCAGGGGUGCAGGUCAGGUAGAUUUGUAUCAUUAAAGACAAAUAUUGAGAGGACUUUAAUGUCAUUAACACGCUUGAAAGAGUUGCAUGUUAAAAGGGGGUUUUGUUAAGAAGUCUUUAAAAGUGUUACUUGAAGCUCAUAGGUUACAGUAGUGUGAAGUAGGACAAGAAUCAGAGAGAACAUAUAUUUUUAGAUAAUUGCACAAUUUUAGUCAUAUUUAAAGAUAAAAUAUGUGACAUUAAUACAUACAUUUAUGCAGAUCUAAAAGUAAGAACUGUUAUAACAUUGCAUUCUAUACCCAGUUUCAUUAUGCACAUCUACAGUUCACACUUAAGAAAUAUUUUAUUGGCUAACAAUUGCUGAUUAGAUUAAUGUAACCAAAGAUAGUGAUCCAGAAAUAAAAUGUCUAAUAAAUUAUGGUGUGAUGGUAUUGAAGCUGGAACGGUUUUGAAAGCAUUUAGGUUGGCAGUUAAGAGUCUGAGACAAUUCUUCUCACAUAUCACUCCGGUGUUGCUGGCUGUAAUUUUAAAUAUGAGCCACAAAGAACUUCAUUUGUCUGAAGAAGGGUCCCGAUCGGAAACAUUGCCUAUCUGUAUCCUCCAGAGAUACUGCCUGACCCGCUGAGUUUCUCCAGCACCUUUCUGAUUCACCAAGCACAUCAGGAAAAAGACUGUGGUGCCUCAAAUGUUCAAACGAGGCUUUGAUUAGGUAUUUGGGAUCCAAUCUGCAGUUUCAAUUUGGGAAUGCCAAGGGAACUGUGGUUGCUGUAGCUGAAGCCAAAGCCAUUUCUUCGUGAGCCAGAACAGUAUAAACAAAGUGAAAAUGCUUCAAAAGAAUUCAGAAGCUACAAGGAGAUGUAAAAUUGAGGAAAAUCGUGAAUUGAAAUGAAAAGUUUGGAUUUCCUCUACUCCUCACCAAACCUCUCCCCCCCCCCCUCCCCCAUCCAUCCCCUUGGACAUUAGGUGGCUACCUCCAAUGAGCAUGAUCUUAACAGGCCGGUAGCUAUGUCCCGCCAAAUUCCAGGCUGUUUUGUUCAUACUGUUGGCAAGCAGCUAGCAUGUGAGUUCCAGCCGUUAAAAAUCACCCGAUGAUCAGCCAGCGGGAAGCUUUGCUGCAUUCCCAGUCGGAAUGAGAUGUCUUGUAGGUGGCAGGAACCCUUUUAAUCUGGCCACUCCCAGCAGACCAGAGCAAAUACAUCUACUUGUUAUAAGGAGGUGCUUCGUUUAGAAGUGUACAAUCAUUUAAAAUAUAGUAUAUAUUAUGCUGAAUUAAAGUGCUUUGGCAAGAAUGGCUUAUAUAUACAUUUUCAAACACAUUUUAUAAAUCACAUCAGCAUGCAUGAUCAUGCUGUUAGCAGGUGACAACAUUUUAAUGCAUUUGACACAUGGCUUUUACUCCCAUUGCAGACAGAAAGAUCUUGCCAAAAAAGCUCUAAAUGGAGACAAGGCCUAUAUUUUUUAAGAAAGCAGCUCUCUUGGAAAACACAGCACACUAAUCAUCCUACUUACUCUUUGUACCCAAUGACUGAACCUGUGCCAAGCGCAUGACCAUUUAUACUUCGCUGCGGAAAGUCCAAACCUUCCAUAUCUACUAGACUCAAGACCAGACUGGAAAAAGCUAUGAUUGGUCACAAUUGAUAUUUUCUGUCUGGUUUGAUGCAAUAGAUACUGGUUUUCCUCAAGCAACAAAAUAAACUGAACAGAUAAAUAGAUGAUCACAUUUAAAUCUACUCAUGUGUCAUUUCACUUCUAAAUAAUGUAUGGCAACCUGAAUGCUUGGAGAUAUUUGGCAGAUGUGAUAAUGGAUGGCAUAAAUGCAUGUUUUUACGUGGAUGAAUGAAUGCCUUAAGGAAAAAAGAGCACAAGCCAACAUUCAGCAUGUUGCCCCGUCUCCUAACUUUGGUUUCUUUCAACCACGAUACAUAUUAAUUAUCAUUUAAUAAACUGAAAAUUACAAAGAUCGAUUUUCCUCAGGCAAAAUCAAAGGUCAAUCAAUGAUGGUAAAUACUUUGUAAUUUUGAAGGAAAUCGGAGCUAAUAAAAAUAUGUUUCAUUUAGUUUAGUUUAUUAUUGUCACGUGCUCUGAGGUACACUGAAAAGCUUUUUUUUGCAUGCUAUCAGUUAAUGAAAUGACUGUACAUAAAUAAAUUCAAGCCAUCCACAGUGCACAGAUAAAGGAUACAAGGUACAACAUUUGAUGCACAAUAUAUUAAAGUCCGAUAAAGGUCAAUUGAAGAUAAUUCAAAGGUUUCCAAUGAGGUGGAUGGGACGUUAGGAUGCAUUCUAGCAAAUGAGAGGACUGUUCAGUAGCCCGAUAACUGGGGAAAAAACGCCCUGAAACUGGAGGAACACAUUUUCAAACUUAUGUACCUCUUGCCUGAAGGGUGAGGGGAGAUGAGAGAAUGACUGGAGUGAGACUGGUUCUUGAUUAUGUUAAACAGGUUACGUAUUGAUGAACAUGAUGUGGCUCUUCAAGAAAAAGAAAAAUGAUGCCUUAAUGUAUGCCAAAAAUAUUUAUACCACCAAUCCAAAUCAAUGUUAACACUUUAUUAGAUCGAAAGAAAAAAUGGUAAGACUUACAUUUAAACCAUACAUUUCACAUAAUCAGUACUGUAUGUUCCAAAAUGUAGCUCAGUCAAAAUUAAAUAUUUCUGAGGAGGAAUCUCCAUUGUAAUCAGCAAAUUAUCUUAUUUUAGUUGUGUUGAAGAGUGAGUAUUGGCAAAGACACAGGAAGAAAUUCCUUGAUUUGAUCAAGAUAACAGCAUUCUUAUGUCCACUUCUGGAGAUAAGGCUGUGGUUUACAGCCUCAGCAGUAAGAUGACAAUUCCAAGCACACGGUACCCUCAUUUGCCGGGGCUAUUAUUUACAAAUAUUUUUUGGUUGAUCUAACAUUUUGAUGUUUCAAUUUCCAGUAUCUAUGAUGCUAUUUAUAUUAGUUUUAUAGUGUUUCAACCUCCAGGCCAAAUUCUGUUCUCAAAAUCUAAGCAAUUAAGUUGUUGCAGCAAUAUGAGAUUGCAGAUCUCACAGUUCCUCUUGCUGUAAUGUUAAAAAUAACCAUGCACUAGAAAAUCUUUUUUGUACUAUGCUUGUCAAAUGGUUUCACUCGCACUUUGCUGACUGAAUGCAAAGAUCAGCAUGUUAUUUAAUUUCUGUGCAGAAACUGUCUCAUUCGAAAAUAAAGAAUAAUUCAUAACACAUUUAUAAAUGAGUGACCUGUUCUUUUGGAAUGAGUUUCAAGUUACCCAAGCAUAAACGCGCAUUGGACAAGCUGACCUCAGUUUUCUAUGUACACGCAAAAUGCAAAAGUAUAGCCAUUGUCACCCAGUUGGAGGAUUCAUGCAUAAUUUGAUUAUUACUGUUAAGCCUUGAAAUAAAUGGGGAAUGUGUCUAUCUGUGAGGAUGAUCAUGGUCAUGACAACAGAACGUUGUGAGUGCAGUUCUGCUGUGUUUUGAAAGAUUAUCAUCUGAAUGAUGUGGAUGGUAUAAAUAGUUUUACACUUGGCACUUGCCUUAUUUAUUUUCCAUUAACACUGUUUACAAGUUAGAUGUGAAAUUCAUAAGUACUAUGUUAUUUUGGAACUGUGAGGCAAAUUUAUUCCCCAGUUUAUAGGGAUGAUCCCGUCAGAUAUCUAUGAGUGUGUAUCAUGUUUAUCAAGGUUAAUAUUAAUGCACUUUCUCUUUACUCAAAUAACACUAAAGAAUGGUUUCACCUCCUUCUUGUGGUUUCCACGUGUAAUACUGCAAUAUUACGUAAAGUAACUGGUAUGAUGUACAAAUGUAAUAAAGCCAUGUUGACUGGAA